UCACCACGUCUGACCUAACUCGCCACCUCACCCAAAACCCCAGAAGCACCCGAAAACGUUGUUCCAGUGUGGCUCCGCUCUCACCAGUGGACUUUAACGUGAGGACCUUAAACUCACAGAUUGCCAAUGCUCACAAGGAACUGCCUGCUGCUGUUCCUUUGCAUUCUCAUCAUCGAAGGCACGGCCUCUUCUUUACGUCCGCCUUCACUUCUGGGCUGGAGCAGGACGGGAAGGGAGCAUCCCCGGAGCUUGGUGGGCCCAGUGAGGAAUGGGGCAACUGGAUUUCAGCGGGUCAAAAGGGGCUGGGUCUGGAACCAGUUCUUUGUACUCGAGGAGUACAUGGGGUCAGAUCCGCAGUACGUGGGCAAGCUGCACACUGACCUCGAUAAGGGGGACAGCGCCGUGAAGUACACUCUCUCUGGGGACGGAGCUGGCUCCAUUUUCACAAUUGACCAAACAACGGGGGACAUCCAUGCCUUAAGAAGUCUUGACAGGGAGGAGAAACCUUACUAUACCCUGCGUGCCCAAGCUGUAGACAUCAACACCAACAGGCCCCUCGAACCUGAAUCUGAAUUUGUAAUCAAGGUCCAAGACAUCAAUGACAAUGAGCCAAAGUUCCUGGAAGGACCAUAUGUGGCAAGUGUCCCCGAGAUGUCCCCAGUCGGAACUUAUGUGACACAAGUGACGGCCACAGAUGCGGAUGACCCCACCUAUGGAAACAGCGCUCGCGUGGUAUACAGCAUACUCCAUGGCCAACCAUACUUCUCUGUUGACCCUAAAACAGGUGUCAUAAAGACAGCUUUGCCGAACAUGGACAGAGAAGUGAAGGAACGGUAUCAGGUGCUCAUCCAGGCCAAGGACAUGGGGGGCCAAUUGGGAGGAUUGGCAGGGACAACCACUGUCAACAUCACCCUCAGCGAUGUCAAUGAUAACCCUCCCAGGUUCUCGAAAAGUUUCUUUCACUUAAGAGUUCCUGAGUCAUCUGCAGUGGGAUCUGCUGUGGGAAGAAUUAAAGCUCAUGAUUUGGACAUUGGAAGGAAUGCUGAAGUAGUGUACACCAUUGUACCGGGUGAUGGAGGAGCCAUGUUUGACAUAACCACCAAUGAACACAACCAAGAAGGGAUUAUCAUUCUCAAGAGGCCCUUGGACUAUGAAUCUAAGAAAGCUUACACCUUUAAGGUAGAUGCCUCCAAUGCUCACCUGGAUCCACGUUUUCAAAGCUUUGGGGCCUUCAAAGACACAGCAACAGUGAAGAUUAAUGUUUUGGAUGUGGAUGAGCCCCCGGUGUUCAAUAAACCCUCCUACGUGAUGGAUGUCCAUGAGGACACACCCGCAGGCACCAUCAUUGGAGCUGUGACAGCACAAGACUUAGAUGCCAGCAGCAGUCCUGUCAGGUAUUCCAUUGAUUGGAAGAGUGACUUGGACAGCUACUUUGACAUUGACCCAAUGGAGGGCACCAUUUCCACAAAUGAACUUCUGGACAGAGAGAAUAUCGCCCAACACAACAUCUCGAUUGUGGCGACCAAACUUAACAGUCCAAUUCUCACCAGUCGGGUUGGCGUCACUGUCUAUGUGCUGGAUAUCAACGAGUUCCCACCUGAACUCUCCAGUCCUUAUGAGACCUUUGUGUGUGAAAAUGCCAAAGUGGGACAGGUGAUUCAGACCUUCAGUGCAAAAGACCAAGAUCUACCUGCUGCUGGACAGCAGUUUUCCUUCAAAUUACCAAAGGAAGAUAUACACAACAAGAAUUUCACCAUACGCGACUUUGGAAAUAAUACAGCCGGAAUAGUGACAAAGCGUAGUGGAUUCAGACGGCGUUCCCAGGAGAUCUACUUCCUACCUGUGGUGAUUGAAGAUAAUGGCUACCCACCCAAAAGCAGCACAGGGACACUGACCAUACGCGUGUGCGGUUGUGAAUCCAAUGGUUCCCUGCUGACAUGUGGUGCUGAAGCCAUCUUUCUGCCAGUGGGUCUCAGUACUGGAGCAUUGAUUGCCAUCCUUCUGUGUAUCAUCAUUCUCCUCGUUAUCGUGGUUCUCUAUGUGGGCCUGAGGCGACAGAAGAAAAAAGAGACACUCAUGUCCUCCAAAGAGGACAUCAGGGAUAAUGUGAUCCACUACGAUGAUGAAGGAGGGGGUGAGGAGGACACACAUGCCUUUGACAUGGGUACUCUACGCAAUCCUAAAGUCAUCAAAGACAACCUGUUCCGCAGGGAUGUUAAACCUGAAAUGAAAAUGAGUGCCAAGCCGGCGACCUCUAAGGACAGUGCUGACAUCCGAGACUUCAUCAACCAGCGCCUCAACGAGCAUGACAUGGACAACUCAGCCCCACCAUAUGACUCGUUGGCCACGUACGCAUACGAGGGCGAUGGCUCUGUGGCUGAGUCGCUCAGCUCCAUCGAAUCCCUCACUGUAGACCUCGAGGAGGAUUAUGAUUACCUCAGUGAAUGGGGACCGCGCUUUAAGACACUCGCAGGGAUAUUCGAGGAACAGUCAGAAACUCAGUCCAACACAACAGCCACUGAGAACAUACAUUGACGUUAUUCACGGACUCCAAAAGCAAAUAUGUAACAAUAUUAUUUUUGGCUGCCACACAUGAUGAUUUCAUCUUUUUCUUUCUUGUAAUUUUAUCUGCCUUUGUUCAUUUCCAGAUCAUGUUAUUUAUCAUUUUAUGUUUUGGCAUCAUAUUUCUACCCUAAGUUGCAAAAUUGUUAAAAAAAAGAAGAAAAAAAAAAACGCACACACAGAAAAAAAAUAAAAAGAUUUUAAAAAUGUGAGAACAUCCACCAAAUACCUUGAUGAGGGAAGCAGACAUUCAAAUAGCGUUUAAUUGAAUGUUGUUUGUUGUCUUGAAUUUCAUUUCCUCCGGUGGAAUACGCCUGUGGAUAGCAAUGUUACUGUUUCCUCUAACAUCAUCAAAAGUGCCUCUUUAUAAUUGUUGUAUCAUUUGCUCUUUCAUGCCACACAUCCAGUGUUGUCUCAUGGGUCCCCACAGGUUAAAUCGCAUCAGUCCAGACACUGUGCUCUGACUUGUCGAGGCGUCGACCAAGACACAUACCGUAUCAACUCUGUGGGGUCAACGAAGAGGCCAAGUUUUUUGGCCAAAGAUGUCUUGAAUGUUAUUUAUUCUAUUUAUUUAUUGGCUGAUUGAUUUGUGUAUUUAUCUAUUUAUCACUCAGUCAUCAAUCUGUAUUUUUUAUUUUUGGAGACACUCGAGGAUUUUGUAAUUAAUCAAGGCUCAUGUGGAAAAUGGAUGUUUCUGUUUACCUGAGCCAUGUGUAUAGACUUGUACUAGAGUUGUAAAAAGAAAAAUUAGGGCUAAAUACAGCAGUUCAGUCAUGUAAUAAACACACUUUUCUUAAAUAAAACACACUUGGACAGCA